CCUCAAACAGAUCUACAAUAAACUAUUUCAUUGUUUGUUGUUUGCAGAUAAUAUUAUAAACAUUAUUUAGUGCAUCCUGGUUUAUCUGCCCCAAGGUGGUAAGAAUAUACACUUGAGCCUAACUUAGAAGAGGGUGUCUUGUGCUAGAGUCCAAAUCAAUCAGAACAGUUUAUCAGUCAUUAAACAAUCCAGCUCAGUUUUUUUACAAACACCAGAGUAAACAGAGGUCCGCCUUAGGUGGGGCUAUUUGGUCAUCGCCCACUCAACAGGAUACAAAAGAGUGGGAUGUUGAGAGUAUUGUCCUCUUAUCAAAGCACUUUUUCUGUCAGACAUCGUUCACACAGCAACAGUACAGGCGUCAGGGGCCAUCAGGGGUUUGAUGUCCUGCCCAAUCAGAAUCAGAAUCAGAAUCAGAAUCAGAAUUAUUUUUAUUGCCAUGUAUAUUUGCACAUACAGGAAAUUGCCUUGGUGUGGUUGGUGCACUUUACAAACAACAAAUUAACUUAGAAUAUGCAGACUAGAAAAGCCUGGGAUUGAACCACCGGUCUUCUAGCUAAUGGACUACUCGCUCUCUAUCCGAUAUUCACCCAAAACACUUGUCAUGCUGGACUGUGGGCAUGCGCAAUGCUUGGUUCUGGCACGACUGUCAUAAUGACGACAAUCACGCUUUCAUGCUCGGGAUAGCUGGCUUUCAAGCUAACGUGCCCUGCUAGCUAUCAACACGAUUCUAGAGGGAAGUAUCCAGAUAAAAGUAUCCGAUUACUUCUGUCGUAGAAGCAACGUGACGGAACAGAGCCACAUUGCAGUUCAGCAAAACAUGACGUCACCUUAUUCAAAAUGAAUGAGCGGUGUUUCGGUUGAAGCCUCCAGUUUGAGUCCUGCGCUAAAACGUCACAUUUCAUUUGAAGAGAGAGGAGGUGCCUUAGCAUGUGGGGGCAAACCCCUGCAGAGAUGUUCAGGAGACCCCAGUCUUUGUGAAAACCCCUGAUGAACUGUUCCUUAGACCCCGUUUCACUUGCGCAGCCGCCACUAUUUUCAAAAUCAAUCAUUUAAUUGGAGCAAAGACUUUGCAAAGUUUACAAAACCAUUAAAUACUCUGUGUUCACUCUAUUCAAGAAUCAUGGUCUGUGGAGCAAAUUGAAUGUUACAUUUAUGAAGUAGAAUGUUUCACAAUUAUUGUACUUGUCGCUCCAAAGUGUUACUUAAUAUAAUUUGCAGCUGAGAAAGUAACAUAAUGAGAGAUAGAGUGAGAGAGAGAGAGAGAGAGAGAGAGAGAGAGAGAGAGAGAGAGAGAGAGAGGAAGAACAUCACUUGAAGACUCAGCUCUGUAUUCUUCGGUUUACUUUCUCAGAACUGGUUUCACAUCUAUUCAGAACAGUUCAGUUUUCCUCUGCUCUGUUCCUCUCUGGGUUUGUUCCUGUUGGUUCUCCAGUUUUUUAAUGUGUUAAGAUUUUCUUUUUGCCUGCAUGCCCCAGCUUAUCCACCAACUGAGUAGAUUUGAAGAUGGGAAAAAUCCGAACCAAAACAUUGGUGCUGGGGGUUUCUCUUGGUCUGUUCGUCCUCUAUCUAGGUAAAGAUUUUACUGCCAAAAGAGUCAUUUGCAACCCAAACACUGUGAGAGAGGAGAGCAGUGAAAUAAUAAAAAGAUCCACUAGGAACAUCUCCUACGUAUACUCCUUCCCAAAAUGCCAACAAAACGCAUCUGCUGGAAAUGUAGAAGGCUUCAGCUCUCUUCCUGCUAAUAUAAAAGACUUUCUCUACCAUAAACACUGUCGACAUUUUCCCAUGCUACUGGACGUUCCUGACAAAUGUGGAGGAGCUGAUGAAUCUGCACAGGUCUUUCUUCUCCUGGUCAUUAAAAGCGUUCCUGAUAACUUUGAACGCAGAGAGGUAUUGCGGAAAACCUGGGCUACAGAAAGGCUGCACAAUGGUGUGCAGAUCCGAAGGAUCUUCAUCUCAGCAGCGACUGGUUCUGGUUUUGAAAGAGAGAGAAAGAAUAGACUUCUUGAACUGGAACAAAAUGAGUACAAUGACAUUCUUCAAUGGGACUUUAGAGACACGUUCUACAACCUCACUUUAAAGCAGGUACUCUUCCUAGAAUGGAUGGAAAGAAACUGUCCAAAAGCUCGCUUCUUGCUAAAUGGUGAUGAUGACGUUUUUGCCAACACAGACAACAUGGUUGAGUAUCUCCAAGGCCUUAGGGACAAUGAUGGAAGCAAGCACCUCUUUACUGGACAUUUGAUACAGUACGUGGGGCCCAUUAGAUCACCAGGGAGCAAGUACUAUGUCCCAGUACAAGUGCAGGAGUCAGAGUCUUAUCCCCCUUAUUGUGGUGGUGGAGGCUUCCUCCUGUCGGGCUAUUCAGCUAUGGUCAUAUACAACAUGUCCAAGUCCAUCCCUUUUAUUCCUAUUGAUGAUGUUUACAUGGGGAUGUGUAUGGCCAAAGCAGGAUUAGGUCCAGCUCACCAUAUGGGUGUAAGGACAGCAGGAAUGUACAUUCCCUCGCAUAAACUAGAUGAAUUUGAUCCCUGUUAUUAUAAAGAGAUUUUGCUAGUUCACCGAUUCCUUCCAGCAGGCAUCUAUCUUAUGUGGCAAAGAAUAAAUGACCCCAAUCUAAAAUGUGAAUUGGCAAGGAAAUCCUUUUAGUAGCAUUAAGCUCACUGGUGGUGUCAAUACCCUGUGAUCAAUUGACAGCAGGUCUAUGACAAAUCCUCUAAUGUCACUUUUAGAGGACAGGUCUCUUCAGCCAAACAAAUACAGACCUACAGUACAGCACGGCCAUGCAUUAAUUGUGUAUGGCCUUUUUUAAAUAUUGUUCUCGUUAAAAAAAAUUCUGUAGACGCAAUAUUAUCACAUCUACGAAGAGGGAAAGUGGUUUCUGACAGAAGUUGUUGAAGAUCACAGAUUGUACGAUUUUAUCAGUGGGUGGGCCUUUAAUGAUGAUUGGUGUAUGUGUUUGUGUGUUUUGUUUGUUUGUGUGGCUGUGGGUUUAUUUUUUGACUGGAGCUUGGUGUUGGUCCACAUUUCUGAUUACCAGCUGAAUCAUGUCGGUUGCAAAUUGUUUAAAAAACAUUAACAACCAGAAGUUGGCACUACCGUAUAAUGUAUAAUGUUGUGGCCAAAGUCUUGAACAUAUUUUCCAAUAAUUUCUCAGGUUUUUCUUUUAAACUAAUGUUGUGAUGUUAGUUUAUAUUUCGCUUGAGCUCAUAUAUGUACAGUUUCCUUUAUUUUUUUACUAUAUCUUGUGUAUUUAUGUUUGAACAAUAGGUUCAAAAGACAAGUUGCUUUGCAUGACUGACAUCAUUUUUGCACUGUCAUUUACAAAACAUUCGGGUUGAGGUAAUAAGGUGGGGCAGUGCAUCUCCAGUCAGGACUCAUAUGUACAGAAUGAUUAGGGUAGGGUUUUUCCUUAUAACGGUUGAAACAAGUUUUCUUUGUUCUUAAAAAAAGGAUAUAUUUUUUGCUAUUUUAUACUUACAGAUUACCUACUAUGUCCCUCCUUAUUUAAUGUAAUGCAUAGAAGAUAUUUUUAUCAAAGUCGCCAAUUGUUAUUCUUGGGAGAUGUAAAAAACAACCCUUCCACAAAUAUAAAAUGCACUUUCAACACCUACCUUUAGUCUCAAAGUGCCUUGACCAAAUUAUGUCAAUUUUUUUUCAAAUAUUGUUGUAAAUACAUAUUAAAAUAACUUCUUAAAAAAAUAAAAUGACUCAGGGUUUAGGAAUGAAGCUGCCAUGUAUGGUUACUAUUAUACAGCGUUGUUGAUUGUUGUUUUUUUUGUGUCAUAGUCAAAAGUUUGCCAAUAUGUCAUUGUAUUAAAACACUGAUGUAGCGGUAUUUCUAUGUACUGUGAAUAUUAAUGUUUGUUUGUUUUUGGAACAGGGAACAAGGAAUUUGUGAAUCCUUGUAAAAAGUUUGUUUAAUUAAUUAAAGAGAAGAAUGCACAUGAA